AUGGCGGCCAACCGUGCUGGUCGGUUUCUCGCCCGCGCACUUCGCAUCAACCUUGACUACCGCCAGGAGCCAGAAGACACAUAUCGCUCUGCGGCAAAGUCGAUUUCGUCGGUAGAUACUUUCGUGGAGAACGAGCCCACAGCCGCAGAAUGGCUUCUCAAGGGGCGACCAACCAUUGCUGCUACUAAGAGAUACGUUUGGAGUCUCUUUCCAUUCUGGUCAUGGAUCUUCCACUACAACUUCACAUGGCUGCUUGGAGACUUGAUUGCAGGUAUCACUGUCGGCUUUGUCGUGGUUCCACAAGGAAUGGCAUAUGCUCUCCUGGCCAAAUUGACACCUGAAUAUGGGCUAUAUACAUCUUUUGUCGGGUUCCUACUUUACUGGGCAUUUGCCACAUCAAAAGAUAUCACAAUUGGAGCUGUUGCUGUUCUGUCUACGAUCGUCGGGAAUGUGGUCAUAAAGGUUCAGGAUAUCCACCCUGACAUUCCAGCUGAUCAGAUAGCAAGAAGCUUAUCACUUAUCUGCGGAGGCUUUCUGUUAUUUGUUGGGUUGGUCAGAUGUGGCUGGGUCGUCGAAUUCAUCCCUCUGGUUACUAUCACCUCUUUUAUGACCGGUGCAGCUCUCUCCAUUGCCGUUGGCCAAGUGCCAGCCAUGAUGGGAAUCAGAGGAAUCAACACAAGAGAGGCAUCAUACUUGGUUUUCAUCAACACCAUGAAAAGUCUUCCUAGGUCACGACUUGAUGCCGCCCUAGGUUUGUCCGCGCUCUUUAUUCUUUAUGCCAUUCGAUGGUUCUGUGAAUUCAUGUCCUCGAGGCAACCAAACAAGCGUAAAAUGUGGUUUUUUGUCUCAACUCUCAGAAUGACCUUCGUUAUUCUUUUAUAUACCAUGGUUAGUUGGCUUGUGAACAGAGGCAUUUCGAACGCAGACCGUGCGAAGUUUAGAAUACUUGGCAGAGUUCCCAAAGGAUUUCAGCACCUUGGUGCUCCCAGUCUCGACAUACGGAUUCUCAAAGCUUUUGCUUCAGAUCUUCCGUCCACCAUCAUUGUCCUUAUCAUUGAGCACAUCGCUAUUUCUAAGUCAUUUGGACGAAUCAAUAACUAUGUCAUUGAUCCCUCCCAAGAACUAGUCGCCAUUGGCUUUACAAAUCUCCUGGGGCCAUUCUUAGGAGCAUACCCUGCAACUGGUUCUUUUUCGCGAACUGCCAUCAAAGCUAAAGCCGGGGUUCGAACACCACUGGCUGGAGUGUUUACAGCUGUCAUCGUUCUCUUGGCUCUCUAUGCUUUGACUUCGAUGUUUUUCUACAUCCCCAUGAGCGCGUUGGCAGGUUUAAUUAUCCACGCCGUUGGUGAUUUAAUCACCCCACCGAAUGUUGUCUAUCAUUUCUGGGAAAUUUCGCCAAUUGAGGUCAUCAUUUUCUUCAGCGGAGUACUGGUAACCGUUUUCACUCAAAUCGAAAAUGGAAUUUAUGUCACCAUCGCUGCGUCAGCAGCCGUGCUUCUAUUCCGAACUGCCAAAGCGAAAGGAAAUUUCCUUGGAAAGGUCAAUGUUUACCGUGUCACACACGACAAUCUUCAACGAAAGGGCGAUGGCUACGAAUUGAGUAAAGAUGAUCCAGCAUGGUCGGUUAGGGAGGCCUUUAUUCCAAUGCAGCAUCAAGAUGGGUCAAAUCCACUGAUUGAGGCGCGAUCUCCAUACCCCGGUAUCUUUGUCUAUCGAUUCAGUGAAGGAUUCAAUUACCCCAACCAAGCCCGAUAUCUCGACAAUUUAACAGCUUACAUCUUCCAAGAAACUCGACGAACUGAACUUCAAAGUUACGCGAAAUUAGGAGACAGACCAUGGAAUGAUCCUGGCCCACGCAGGGGAGAACAAGUCAACCUCAACGACGCCCGCCCUAUUCUCCGAGCUGUCGUCCUUGAUUUCUCCGCUGUUAAUAAUGUUGAUGUAACAUCUGUUCAGGGUCUUAUCGAUAUUCGCAACCAACUUGAUCGUCAUGCCUCCCCUGAAAUCGUCGAAUGGCAUUUUGCAAGCAUUAACAGUCGCUGGACAAAACGUGCCCUCGCUGCCGCAGGCUUCGGAUAUCCAUCAAAUAGCACCCCAGAAUCAGUCGGCCACUGGAGACCUAUUUUCAGUGUUGCAGAGUUAUCAGGUGCGGAGUCAGACUCGAUUACAACACGCAAAAGCAAAGCCGCCUCUCAUGGUGACGAGGUUGGGUCAGAGGAACAAAUCUACGAAUAUGAAGGUCCUGACGCGGGAAGAAAAGACACUCUACAGUUCCCAAGGAAGAUCGGUAAUGUACAUGGCAUCAACCGUCCUUUCUUCCACCUUGAUGUUCAGGCUGCUGUUGAAAGUGCAAUUUCGAAUAUCGAAAUGAGGAAGUCAAUCUCUCGAGCAGCAACGACGGUGGAGGCGGUCAACGAAAUAAAGGAAUGA